UUCAAUUCCUGCUGGACCCCAAAAGUCAAAAGACCUUAUUGGGACUGCAAAGUGCAAACCAAACACCUCGACGAUUCAUCUCUUGAGGUUAAUCCAUGGCGACAGUUCGAAUGAUAGACAUUGCCGUCAACUUCACAGAUAGCAUGUUCAAGGGUGUAUAUAAUGGAAAACAGUGCCAUUUACCUGAUAUUGCAGCAGUUUUAACUAGGGCUUGGAGCGCUGGCGUUGAUCGAAUUAUAGUGACAGGAGGAUCACUUGAGGAGUCAAGGGAAGCUUUAGCUAUUGCUGAAACUGAUGCAAGACUAUUCUGUACAGUUGGAGUGCACCCAACAAGAUGCAAUGAGUUUGAUGAGAGUGGAGAUCCAGAAAAGCAUUUCCAAGCACUAUUGUCGCUGGCUAAAGUUGGAGUUGAGAAAGGAAAGGUAGUGGCAAUUGGUGAAUGCGGACUGGAUUAUGACAGAACUCACUUUUGUUCACCAGAGAUUCAAAAGAAGUACUUUGAGAGACAGUUUGAAUUAGCACAUCUCAUGAAGCUUCCAAUGUUUCUUCAUAUGCGAGCAGCUGCUGGAGAUUUCAUUGAGAUUCUUGACCAAAACAAACACAGGUUCUAUGGUGGAGUUGCCCACUCAUUUACGGGUACUCCUGAAGAUCGUGACAAGCUUCUGGCAUUCAACAAUCUCUUUAUAGGUAUAAACGGCUGCUCUCUGAAAAACACCCGAAAAUCUUGA